ACCUCGGUCGGCGUGCGGAGGCAGCGGACCGACUCCCCGCAGGGAUCCCCGGGGUUACGCACACCGCUGUUUAGAUGGCUCACAGACAGGACUAACUUGGAGAACGGUGCCGUAAACACUCUGUGAUCACUCAGUAAGUGUCUCGGGGCACUAGCACGACACAAUGGAGCAGGAAUUUGAGGACAUCGACUCGUCCGGGAGAUGGCAAAACCUUUACAAUGAGAUUCGUACCCAAGCCAAUGAAUAUCCCUACAAAGUGGCAAAACUUCCAGUGAAUCGGAAUUUGAACCGCUACAGAGAUGUCAGCCCAUACGAUCACAGUCGGGUAAAACUUGAAAACUCUGAAAAUGACUACAUCAAUGCAAGUUUAGUCAUGGUGGAGGAAGCCCAAAGAGCUUACAUUCUUUCUCAGGGUCCUUUGAGGAAUACCUGUGGUCAUUUCUGGCUGAUGAUUUGGGAGCAAUGUUCCAAAGCUGUUAUAAUGCUUAACAGAGUGAUUGAAAAGGGAUCUGAGAAGUGUGCACAGUAUUGGCCGACUCCAAAGGAGAGACAGAUGCCUUUCACAGAUACAGGGUUUGUUGUCUACCUUUGCUCAGAGGAGGUCCAAACCUGUUACACAAUCCGAGUGUUAGAACUACAAAACAUAAAGACGGGGGAGUCGAGGCAGAUCUACCACUUUCACUAUACCUCGUGGCCUGACUUCGGCGUUCCUGAAUCUCCCGCCUCCUUCCUCAGCUUCCUCUUCAGAGUGCGGGAGUCUGGUUCGCUGGGCUCUGAGCACGGGCCCUCAGUGGUGCACUGCAGCGCUGGGAUUGGACGCUCAGGGACCUUCGCUUUGGUGGACACCUGCCUGGUCCUGAUGGACAAGAGGCAGAACCCAUCUUCUGUGGACAUACAGAAGGUGCUACUGGACAUGAGAGAAUACCGCAUGGGCCUGAUCCAGACCUCAGACCAGCUCCGAUUCUCCUACAUGGCUGUGAUUGAGGGGGCCAAGCUCGUCCUGCCAAACAACUCAGUCCAGCAAAACAACCAGACGUUGAUGUCCAGAGAUGACCUGGAGCCAGAUCUGCCCCCUCCACCACCUCCACCCAGACCUCACCUCAAGGACAGCAAAUCCAACGGACAACCAGGGCCUUGCCUCGAGCCACAAGACGACUCAGAAGACAACCAGGCAGAGGGAGAGGCAGUCAUCCACGACCUCGGUGUUUCAGAUAACCUUGGGCAUGUCCGAAAGCGCCACCGUGAGGAGAGGAUUGCCAGCACAGCGCAGAAGGUCCAGCAGAUGAAACAGAGACUGACUGACUCGGAGCGAAAACGAGAGAAGUGGCUUUACUGGAGGCCCAUCCUGCUCAAUGUCGGCGCCGGGGCAGCGUUGGCCUUCGGCCUGCUGGUGUGCUGGAUGUACGCCCAGUGAAACACGGUCAACUAAACCUGACUCUUAUUUUGCACCAGUACCUGGUUUUAGGUACUUCUCUAAAUAGAUUUAGAUGGUAAUAUGUGCAUAACUGAGGGUAUUUAUUUCUUAAGGUCAAAAUGUGGAAGCGCUAGAUCAAAAGAGUGUGUGUGUGUAUUUUUAAUGUAAGAUCUUAACAAAAAUAGUAACAUCUCAGGAUCUUGGUGCCAGCACGAUGAUUUAAUUUCCUCUCCUUAUUGUCACUGUUGAUGAAUGUACUGUAUCAUAGAAAUUUGCUUUUUAAGAAGCAUAGUAAAGGUGCAGUACAAAGAGAAAAAAAAAAUCUGACAGGUUUAUUUUUUCAUUCUUUAUUUGUAAUGGUCAGAUGUGUGUGGAUCAUCUGUGGACAUGUUUUACAUUUCAGAACGACUGUCCAUCCUAUCAUAAAUAUUCGGGAAGUUAAGACUCCAGAGACUAGAGGUCAUCUAUGGGAUGUUUAUUUUUUUUUUUGCAUUUUAUGCAUGCAUUUAGAGGUUUUCCAGAGCACCACUUGUUCUUCCAUUCACAUUUAGCAGGGCAUCCCAGUACGGCCAGAUAUAUAUAUUUUUGUGUGACUGGACUCUUCAUGGGGAACUGCCUUGCUGAUGUUUCAAACUGCUAUUUUCUGUCAUACGAGCACGUUUUAGGUUGUCACAAGAAAUAAUACAUGCUGUCCAGGUCCCUCACUGUUUAGUGUGUGUAUUUACCUACUGGAUGGGUUCAUAUGUGUGUGUAUUUUCAGGUUAUCCCACUGUUUGUUCUCGAGGAAACCAAAGCAGAGCUGUCACUUUGAGGAAGGGGCACAGAAACGAUGAAAAGUUUUUACUCUAACCAAGUGGAAUGUAUUUUCUGUUAGAGCUUUCACAUAACUGACACAAAUAUUAAAAAACUAGUCACAGUAGCUUUGCAUUGGCAAUUGUAACCCUAUUGUAUCACAAAAAUUGAUUUUUAAUUGACAGGGACCAAACUAAAGUUGUAAUAGUACAGUUCAAGUUGGAGCAGCAGGAUUUCAGCUCCAAGUUUUGGAGCAAGUGAUGCAGCAAACACAACUCUGGAUCAGUGUGUUUGUUGGUUAAGAACGAUUUUAAUGUGCCUUUAAGUGAGGGAGAAGAAAAAAUGCAUGCUCCGAGAUUAGAGCAGUUUGUGUUUCUCGCAUAAAAUGAAAACAUGUUUGCACUGCGUCGCAUUGGCCAGUUCAUACCGAGUGGCCAUGUGAUGCAAUAAGUUGUGUCAGAGUUGAUUGCACACCAAAUGUGUCAUUAGCAUGUACCGACUCCAGAGGUGGAAUGUCGUCAUUGUCAGACGUUGGCUACCUUAUUUACCACUGGCUUUAACUUUGGAGCGAUAUGUUUGACCAUUACAUUCCAUUCAUUCUUGGGUUCCACAUUAGAUUUCAGGGGAGUUUUGUACACUGUUGAGCUGCAGUGAGAACAUAAUAGUUGGUGUUUUGAAAAAGUAAACAAAACAUGAAAUAAUUCUUAAAUAAAACAUUCAUUUUUUUUUUAAA